CAGGAGUUGCAGCGCUCAUGCGCUAGUGGGCGGUGACAGGGUGACGCUCGGAGCGUGGGCCGCGACUCUCACGGAUCCGGUUCCGCCCUCUCGCUGCCCAUCCUUCGGAGCGAGCGCCCCAGAUCCCUUUCCCAGAGUGCUCUGCGCCGUGAAGAAGCGGCUCCCGGGGACUGGGGGCAUUUUGUGUUGGCUGGAGCUGGAGUAACAAGAUGGCGGCGUCGGCGGAGUGACAGGGGUCCCUCUGGGCCGGAGCCGGCGGCAGUGGUGGUAGCGGUAUCGCCGCCCUAGCUCACCGCGCCCCUUUUCCAGCCCGCGACGUCGCCGCGCAAGCGAGGCAGCGGCGGCCGCCGAGAAACAAGUGGCCCAGCCUGGUAACCGCGAGAAGCUUUUCACAAACUGCGGCCUGGCAAAGAGAAACCUGACUGAGCGGUGGUGAUCAGGUUCCCCUCGGCUGAUUCUGGGCCCCGAACGCCGGUAAAGGCCUCCGUGUUCUGUUUCCUGCCGCCUUCCUCCUUAGCCUUGUCCAGUGUAGGAGCCCCAGAGGCCUCCGUCGUCUUCCCAGAGGUGUCGGGGCUUGGCCCCAGCCUCCAUCUUCGUCUCUCAGGAUGGCGAGUAGCAGCGGCUCUAAGGCUGAAUUCAUUGUCGGAGGGAAAUAUAAACUGGUACGGAAGAUCGGGUCUGGCUCCUUUGGGGACAUCUAUCUGGCGAUCAACAUCACCAACGGCGAGGAAGUGGCAGUGAAGCUAGAAUCUCAGAAGGCCAGGCAUCCCCAGUUGCUGUACGAGAGCAAGCUCUAUAAGAUUCUUCAAGGUGGGGUUGGCAUCCCCCACAUACGGUGGUAUGGUCAGGAAAAAGACUACAAUGUACUAGUCAUGGAUCUUCUGGGACCUAGCCUCGAAGACCUCUUCAAUUUCUGUUCAAGAAGGUUCACAAUGAAAACUGUACUUAUGUUAGCUGACCAGAUGAUCAGUAGAAUUGAAUAUGUGCAUACAAAGAAUUUUAUACACAGAGACAUUAAACCAGAUAACUUCCUAAUGGGUAUUGGGCGUCACUGUAAUAAGUGUUUAGAAUCUCCAGUGGGGAAGAGGAAAAGAAGCAUGACUGUUAGUACUUCUCAGGACCCAUCUUUCUCAGGAUUAAACCAGUUAUUCCUUAUUGAUUUUGGUUUGGCCAAAAAGUACAGAGACAACAGGACAAGGCAACACAUACCAUACAGAGAAGAUAAAAACCUCACUGGCACUGCCCGAUAUGCUAGCAUCAAUGCACAUCUUGGUAUUGAGCAGAGUCGCCGAGAUGACAUGGAAUCAUUAGGAUAUGUUUUGAUGUAUUUUAAUAGAACCAGCCUGCCAUGGCAAGGGCUAAAGGCUGCAACAAAGAAACAAAAAUAUGAAAAGAUUAGUGAAAAGAAGAUGUCCACGCCUGUUGAAGUUUUAUGUAAGGGGUUUCCUGCAGAAUUUGCCAUGUACUUAAACUAUUGUCGUGGGCUACGCUUUGAGGAAGCCCCAGAUUACAUGUAUCUGAGGCAGCUAUUCCGCAUUCUUUUCAGGACCCUGAACCAUCAAUAUGACUACACAUUUGAUUGGACAAUGUUAAAGCAGAAAGCAGCACAGCAGGCAGCCUCUUCCAGUGGGCAGGGUCAGCAGGCCCAAACCCCCACAGGCAAGCAAACUGACAAAACCAAGAGUAACAUGAAAGGUUUCUAAGCAUGAAUUGAGGAACAGAAGAAGCAGAGCAGAUGAUCGGAGCAGCAUUUGUUUCUCCCCAAAUCUAGAAAUUUUAGUUCAUAUGUACACUAGCCAGUGGUUGUGGACAACCAUUUACUUGGUGUAAAGAACUUAAUUUCAGUAUAAACUGACUCUGGGCAGCAUUGGUGAUGCUGUAUCCUGAGUUGUAGCCGCUGUAAUUGUGAAUAUUAACUGAGAUAGUGAAACAUGGUGUCCGGUUUUCUAUUGCAUUUUUUUCAAGUGGAAAAGUUAACUAAAUGGUUGACACACACAAAUUGGUGGAGAAAUUGUGCAUAUGCCAAUUUUUUGUUAAAACCUUUUGUUUUGAACUAUACUGCUUUGAGAUCUCAUUUCAGAAGAACGGCAUGAACAGUCUUCAGCCACAGUUGUGAUGUUUGUAAAUGCUCACAAUUGUGCAUUCUUAGGGUUUUUCCAUCCCUGGGGUUUGCAAGUUGUUCACUUAAAACAUUCUUAAAAUGGUUGGCUUCUUGUCUGCAAGCCAGCUGAUAUGGUAGCAACCAAAGAUUCCAGUGUUUGAGCAUAUGAAAGACUCUGCCUGCUUAAUUGUGCUAGAAAUAACAGCAUCUAAAGUGAAGACUUAAGAAAAACUUAGUGACUACUAGAUUAUCUUUAGGACUCUGCAUUAACUCUAUAAUGUUCUUGGUAUUAAAAAGAAAAAGCAUAUUUGUCACAGAAAUUUAGUUAACAUCUUAAAACUGAACAUGUAUGUAUGUUGCUUAGAUAAAUGUAAUCACUGUAAACAUCUAUAUGAUCUGGGAUUUUGUUUUUAUUUUGAAAUGGGAGCUUUUUUGUUUACAAGUUCAUUAAAAACUAAAAACUGUUUCUGUAAGGAAAUGAGAUUUUUUUUAAACAACAAAAAAUGCCUUGCUGACUCAAUAUUAAAUAAAAAUCUCCCCAAUUUUUUGAUAGACUAUUUCAAGCCAUUUGUUACAUGGUAUUCCUUUGCAAGUCAAUUUAGGUUUCGUGUUAUAACUUUUCCUCUUUUUUAAAAAAAAUAAAACGAAAAAAGUAAUUCUUUUGUCUGAAGGGGAAAGGCAUUCUUUCAUUUUUUCUUUUUCUUUUUUUUUUUUUUUUAUGACUUGCAGGCACAAUAUCUAGUACUGCAACUGCCAGAACUUGGUAUUGUAGCUGCUGCCCGCUGACUAGCAGCUGGACUGAUUUUGAAUAAAAAUGAAAGCAUUAAAGGGUUUCCCUACAAAACAUUUUUCUUUAAAAUACUUGUGAAGUGGCUAUAAGCAGUUGACUUUCACCCUUGGAGAGCAUCACACUGUGUGAGGUUCAGUGAUUGUUGACCCUCCCCAGCCCCUCCUGCUUCUUUAAGUUAUCGGUGUGCGUGCGCUUCCUCUCAAUCUUCUUUGCACGCUCAUUUCUUUUUCUCUGACCCAUGAGAAAGGAAAACUUACUGAUGAUAAUUUUUAAGUAAUGUAAUUUAUUCAUUUAUAGCAUGUCAGGAUAAAUUAAAAGAACAUUUGUCUGGAAAUGCUGCCGGGAGCCUAUUGUGUAAAUGUUAGGUAUUUUGUAAAAUAACCUUGAAAUUGUAAAUUGACACGUGUUUGGUCAGAUUGUGUCAAGUUUAAUUUGUUUUGUUUUUUCUUUUUUUAUUUGAAAACUACUUUAGCAAUAAUUAAUUCCAUGAUUAUCACAUUCUGCCAUUAAGGGAUAUUAGUACCGUAAUACUGAAGAAAUCUUAUUAAGUCUGAACUUUGGGGGUAGGCAGCUUCUUUGUUUCUUUUCUAUCCACCCUUGUCGGUUGAGGUAUUUGUUUCUUGACUAAUAAACCCUUUGAUACUUUUAGCCAGAAAUCGGUCUCAUAAAGCUAUUUUUGAGUAUAGUUUAUGUAAAAUAAAAAUGUUUAGCUUUGGUAAUAACUUUUCCAAGCUGAACUCCCUCUAGCAAGAUAUUUUUCAGUGCUUUUAUUUACUAUGCACUUAGACUAUGCACUUUUUCUGAAAUAUUUUUGUAACACUUUUUUGUAUUUUUGCCAUUUGAAAAGGUUGUGGUGUAGUUGGUCUGUGAUUAAGUUGCAGAUUUAAAACUGCUGUUAGCUUUGUAAAUCAAAAUAUAGGUGUUUUUUGUCCUGGUAUAUCGUCAUUCCAUCUGCAGCUGGAGCUGGAAUCCCAUUGAUCUUCUAGCUACCAUUCAUUUUCUUCACUGUUCACAAAAGAAGAAUGUGAAAUUCAGUGAAUGCUGUUACUAAUCCUGUUGCGAGAUGAAUCUCAUUUCACCAAAAUUAAAUUAUGUUUUUCCGCUAAAAUGAUGAUACAAGUUGAAGACACAUCACUCUGAAAUGGGAAGACCUCACCACUUAAGGCUCCACAGUGGCUUACUCAGCUGAACUCUAGGCUACUAUUCUUUACUUUGUUCACCCAUUGGGGGGUGCAGUUUUUUUAAAAUGUUGGGAGAUGGCCAUUCUAACUACUGUUGAAUGUCUCUGUUUUGGGAAGGUAUAACAAGAAAUAAAAAAGAAUAUAUAUGAAGGGAGAGACUGGUUAUCUCCUCCCAUAUGGUUGUGCUUAUCCUCUUAUGGCUCACAAAUGGAUAUUUGGAGGUUUGCUUUCACAGUGAUUUCCCAUCAACAACUAUUUUUAUUAAGACUUUUCUUGUUUCUGUUAGUCCUUGCAGUACUCAUAAAUGUUUUAAGCUGA